AUGACUCCUGAGGAGGCAUUUUUUCAUAAACAUAUUACUACUACCCAGAUUAAAAAGCUUACUGCUGAAGAAAUAAGAAAGCAAAUAAUCACCGAAACUUAAAAAAGAGGUUUUAUUCAUAAUUAAAAUUGCAAGCAUGAAUAUCAUGUAGGAGAUCGUGUACUUGUUACCAAUAAUAUUACAAUAAAGAAGGGAAGUUAUAAUAACACAUAUUUAAAAUUGAGAAAUUAGAAAUUCUAUGGAAAGAGAAAUGAGUUCAAAUAUUAAGCUUAGAUAGCUGAAAUCAGAGGAAACUGCUAUAGCUUGAAAUGGCACGAGGAUGUGCCUGAGAUUAGUGUAUAGAAGGAUUAAGUUUCUAAGAAUGUGCCGUUUGUGCUAUUUAAAAAGGAUAUAAGAUUUUUGACAAUUGAUUAAUUGAAAUAAAAUUGGUAUACAAAUGAUGAGAUAGAUUAAGUAGUUGAUGAAAACGCUAUUGAUUGGAGCUCAAACUUUGCAUGA